AUGGAACGAAAGAACUCAGAAGCUGGCCCUUCAAACAGUCCUAUAAAAAUCCCCGUUGCAUCAUUUCCUACACAUAACUCACCUCGAGUUUGGUUCUUAACUUCCGCUUUAUCCCCAUUGUCUGUCCGAUUAAUCAGACUUCUCCUCAAGCAUGGCGAUUAUGUGGCUGCUGGUCUACCGCCAAGUGAAAUCGAGGAUGAUGAGCGAUGUAUAGAGUUUAAGGAACUCAUUAAUGAUUGCAAUAGUAGUAAAAAGCAAUGUGAGGGAUGGAAAGAUAGAAUUCGAGGUAUAAGGGUUGAUGGAAGGGCCAAAUCACAAUGUUUAGCAGCUAUUGCAGAAGCCAUCAAAGUAUUCGGUCGUAUAGAUAUUUUGUUGUGUUCUUCAUCAGAAGCUGUUGUCGGUACGGUAGAGGAACUUUCGACAAAUCCAGCUACUCGAAGUCUUGUUCGUGAUCAAUUCGAAGCCAUCUACUUCAGUCAGAUCAAUUUUAUCAAAUCCGCUCUACCUCAUCUUCGACAAAAACGUGAUGGUCAUAUUCUCAUUCUUACUGGAAUUACUGGUCACAUAGGAACACCUGGAAUGUCCAUGUAUUGUGCUGCGACAUGGGCUCUGGAAGGAUUUUGUGAUGCUCUGACAUAUGAAAUUGCCCCAUUCAAUAUAAAAUUGACAAUUGUUCAACCAAAUAAAGAGAUCCCCCUACUCACGAACAAAAUUACUUUCGCUCCACAAUUACCACAAUAUGAACCUCAAAAUAAUCCGGCUCCACAAUUGAGGGAAGUCUUGACGCACGUGUUAAAUUCACAUCCAGAUACUCGGAUGGAACUACAAACUGGGAAAACUACCAUUCAGUCGAGAUUUCCUAAUCUACCUAGCGAAUCGAGAGAUAAGCUGGUCAUGGAAACUGUUCAUGCUUUGACGGCGAUUGGGGGUCAUGAAAAUCCACCAGCAAGACAUAUUGUGGGUUAUGAAGGGAUAGCAUCGGUAAAAGAAAAGCUUAAGACAGUUAGUGAAGAGAUGGAAGAUUUUGUGGAAGUUAGUUGUGCAGUGGAUAUCUAUACUAAAAGUGCAGUUAAUCAGGCAGCAUUGGCUGAAACAAGAUCUCAGCGCAAACGUAGUGGCAGUCAGGAUUCUAAUAAUGAAGGAUCGAUCCCAGCUCUAUUUUAA